UCAGCGUGACGUCAAUCCUAUCCUUUUUUUCUGGUAUAAAAACACCCUUCCGGACGCCCCCAAAACAGCUGUUUAUUAUAUUAAAGUUUAUAACAUUUCGUGGGGCUCACGUCGUCCGAUCGAAACGUCCAUUUCCAAACUAUAAAUUGGAGACAAGUUCACAUCCAACAUUAUAACUCGUGUUCAAAUGUCGACUACUACUACCCUGAAUGUGAAUCAGAUUUUCCUGGCCGUCCACCGCGGAUGGAUCGAUCAUUUGCGCCGAGUGCUGGAGAAAGAUGGCCGGAUACUCAAGAACCUGUGCGAAUGCAACGAGCAAAGUGAGACGCCAUUGCAGGUGGCCAUCCGAGAGCGACAAUUCGCAGUGAUUGAGUUUCUGGUCCAGUUGGUCAAGGAUCACAUCCAAAUCCAUUGCCAUCCGCAUUCCAGGUGGGUCAGGCGGAUGUCGCCCUUUUCAUGGGACAAAAUCAAUGUGGAAUCGUUCGCCAUCGGGCCGGCCGAGUUUGGCAAGGAAUUCACCCAGACGUUCGUCCUGCCGUCAGCCGACGUGGCCAUCCUGCGGGACAUGGCCAGCAGCGAUCGGAUCGGCAUCUUCAAAUUGAUCGAGUACCUGAUCGACGUGGCCGAUGACGACACGUCCUGGUUCGAAUUCUUCCUCAAUUCGAUGGUGGCCAGCUCGAUGGACCGGGCCCAGAAGAUCAUCGCCCUGGAACUGAUGGGCUCGGCUUUUAUUUUAAAAAUUCGACUGGCCGAUGAGCAGUUCGAGCCGGACGAAAUUUCCGGCGGACUGCGCGGGUUGCAGUGCUGGAAAAAAGCCCUGGAGCUACGCAAUUCGACGGCCAAUGGCCGCCUAUUGAUGCCCAAGAUCCCGCACGUCCUGUCCAGCGCCGCUCGCAACGCCCUGGGCGAUUCGGCCGAAGUGACGACGCCGGAACAAUUGCAAGAAUUGGAAAAUCAAUUGAGACGUCACGAUCGACGAUCGCUCAUCACCGAUCAGGCCUUUCUCGUCAUCCAGCGGACGUUCGCCCAGCGCCAGCUGGGCGCCGAGCCCAAUCUCUUCCAUCUCAAAACCCUGCUGGACUACGGCAAACAAUUCAAAACGACGGGCGAUCAUUUCUCCAACACGGAAAUCCAUUACGGCCGAGCGAUCAACAUUUCGCUCAUGAUUAUGCAGCAGUUCAACCGGGCCGAUUUCCCCAAAUGUUUCCAGGUUUUCGUCGAGGCUUUCCUGCUCUUCGCCAACGUCCUGAACGGACUGGGCCGCAAGACGACCAACAACGUCGAGCGGAUCAAAGAGCUGACGUUCGCUCACGUCCUGGAAGCGAUCACAUUCGGCUUCAUGAUCGCCACCAAUUUGAUUUUAUUGCCACCGAUCUGCGAUCAGCACACCAUGUGGGAAAUGCUGGUCAUGAGGAAAAUCUAUUUGCUGAUGAUCACCCUGUUCAAAAUGGCCAAACUCGAUCCGCCGGAAGGCGAGCGACUCUGCCGAGUCCUCGGCAAUUUCUUCCGCGUCGAACAAUUGCGCAACGGAUUUUCCAGCCUGCUCCACCUGGCCGUCGAGGGCUUCUUGGCGGCAAGGAUCGACGUCACCGUCCGGGCUGACAUUGUCACAUUUUUCCUGGACAACGGAGCCGAUCCCAAGAGCCUGGACAGAAGCGGCAAAUCGCCGCUUCACAUUCUGGCGGGAAAAUGUCAACCGAAUUCAAACGAGUUAUUCUUCGAGGUGUUCCAGGCCGUCCUGGAAGCCGGUGGGCAUUUGGAUCAAGUGACACCUGACGGGAAAACGGUCAUCGACGUCCUGAAGGACAAGAAAAAACAAUUCCAGGAUGAAUCGCUGGAUCCCAGAGUUGAUCAUUGGAUCAACACGGUCGUGUCACUCGAGUGCUACUGCGCUCAGAAAAUCCGCCAGGAGCAUAUUGCGUUCGCUGAAGACGAGCAACAGCUUCCGCUUUGCCUGCAGCAAUUCAUCGAACAGCACAGCCCCUUGAAAAGCAAACUGCAAGAAGUCGAGAGGCCUCCGCUGAUUGGAUUUCCCAGCGCUUAUCGAGUCCUUCAAGAUUCUGCAAAGGCGUCUCACAUUUCCGUUUUGAACACGAUUUUCAAUUAUUUCCGGUCUAUUUUUGAUUGCAAAAUUUGACUUGAUUUUUUCAGUGACUUUCAUUUUUAAUACUUUACGUAAAAAUUUAGGUGGCGGAAUUUUAUUGUAUUCGUCGCACCUUCGAUGGCUUUGACUAAUACACUCCUAUCUGGUUCUGGAAUUGAAUUUCAGUUUAAUUUCACAAGCCGAAUUGAGCCAAAUACAAUUAUACGGUCCUUCAUUUGAAGACCGAUUGCGAGCAAAUGAUUGAAGUACGCGAGAUUGGUUAACGUUUCGUAUCGUCAUUUUCUAUUUAGAACAGUUCAAGAUUUUUCAAAAAGUUGAAACUAUAAACAUCAAAAUCUUUAAAAUCAAAUAUAUCGAUGGCAAAUCGUUUCAAACGUUAAAAAAAAAAAAAAAAAAAAAAAAAUCUGUGCACCUUCGUCGCUUUUCUC